AUGGAGUCCAUCUUCACCCACCAUGGGCUGCGGUUCACCCCUCAGGGCCUCAGUUCCCAUCUGCAACAUGAACCAAAUAAAGAGAAGGAAGCCGGAACUGGACCAGCAAAAGAGGAAGAGGAAGCCUCCCCGCCUAGCGCACUGCCUCCAGGUUUGGGUAGUCGGGCCUUGGAAAGAAAAGAUUCAGAAUGGUCUCUUGGUGAGUCACCUGCUGGAGGAGAAGAACAGGACAAGCAGAAUGCCAACUCUCAGCUGUCCACCCUGUUUGUUGAGAAACCUCAGACAGGUUCAGUGAAAGUGGGAGCAAACAUCACCUUUAUAGCCAAAGUCAAGGCUGAAGAUCUUCUUAGAAAACCCACCAUCAAAUGGUUCAAAGGGAAAUGGAUGGAUCUGGCCAGCAAAGCCGGAAAGCACCUCCAGCUGAAGGAAACCUUCGAGAGGCAAACUCGGAUAUACACAUUCGAGAUGCAGAUCAUCAAGGCCAAAGAGAACUAUGCGGGAAAUUACAGAUGUGAAGUCACCUACAAGGAUAAGUUUGAUAGCUGUUCUUUUGAUCUUGAAGUUCAUGAAUCUACGGGGACUACUCCAAACAUUGACAUCAGAUCUGCCUUCAAGAGAAGUGGAGAAGGUCAAGAGGAUGCAGGGGAACUUGACUUUAGUGGUCUCCUGAAACGUAGGGAGGUGAAGCAGCAGGAAGAGGAACCUGAGAUUGAUGUGUGGGAGCUGCUGAAGAACGCGAACCCCAACGAGUAUGAGAAGAUCGCUUUCCAGUAUGGUAUCACAGACCUGCGGGGCAUGCUCAAGAGGCUCAAGCGGAUGCGUCGGGUGGAAAAGAAGAGUGCAGUCUAUUAUUAUUCUCCUCAUAGUCCAAGUCACAAACAAUUAAAGUUUGCUGUCUUUGGAUUCUACUUUACUUUUUCUAAAUACCCAAAAGCUUUCUUAAUGGACAGUAUCUGUGAUGUGCUUAUAUACAUCUUUGAACAUAAAGGAAAUGAAAGAAUCAUGUUCAUCAAUAACUGUGCUCUGACAGAUGACUCAGAAUACUAUGUGACAGCUGGUGAUGAGAAAUGUUCUACAGAACUCUUUGUACGAGAACCUCCAAUUAUGGUGACCAAACAGCUAGAAGACUUGAACGCUUUCUGUGGGGAAAGAGUGGAGCUGGAAUGUGAGGUAUCUGAAGAUGACGCCAACGUAAAAUGGUUUAAGAAUGGUGAAGAGAUCUUCCCUGGUCCAAAAUCAAGAUACAAAAUUAAAGUUGAGGGCAAAAAACAUAUUUUGAUCAUAGAAGGAGCAACAAAGGCCGACAGUGCAGAAUACUCUGUGAUGACUACAGGCGGACAAUCCUCUGCUAAACUUAGUGUCGACUUGAGACCUCUAAAGAUUACAACACCGCUGACCGAUCAGACUGUAAAACUGGGAAAAGAAAUAUGCUUAAAGUGUGAAAUCUCUGAAAAUGUACCCGGAAAAUGGACUAAAAAUGGCCUCCCCGUGCAGGAAGGUGACCGUUUAAAGGUGGUCCACAAAGGAAGAAUCCAUAAGUUAGUGAUAGCCAAUGCGCUCAUUGAAGAUGAAGGUGAAUAUGUUUUUACACCAGAUGCCUACAAUGUUCCUUUAUCUGCCAAAGUUCAUGUCAUCGAUCCUCCUAAGAUCAUUCUAGAUGGCCUUGAUGCUGAUAAUACUGUGACAGUGAUUGCAGGAAACAAGCUCCGCCUUGAGAUUCCUGUCACUGGAGAACCACCGCCCAAAGCCAUUUGGAGCCGAGCAGAUAAGGCUAUCAUGGAGGGCAGUGGCCGGAUACGGGCAGAAUCUUACCCUGACAGCAGCACUCUGGUCAUUGAUGUAGCUGAGAGAGAUGACUCUGGUGUUUACAACAUCAAUCUGAAAAACGAAGCUGGAGAAGCACAUGCAAGCAUCAAGAUUAAAGUUGUAGACAUCCCGGACCCUCCAGUGGCACCCAAUGUGUCAGAUGUGGGGGAUGACUGGUGCAUCAUGAACUGGGAGCCUCCUGCCUACGAUGGAGGGUCUCCGAUCUUAGGGUACUUUAUUGAGAGGAAAAAGAAACAAAGCUCCAGGUGGAUGAGACUCAACUUCGACCUCUGCAAAGAAACAACUUUUGAGCCCAAGAAAAUGAUUGAAGGUGUAGCCUACGAAGUCCGCAUCUUUGCUGUCAAUGCCAUCGGCAUCUCCAAGCCCAGCAUGCCCUCCAAACCAUUUGUUCCUCUGGCUGUAACCAGCCCUCCGACUCUUCUGGCCGUCGACUCUGUUACCGACUCAUCUGUGACAAUGAAAUGGAGGCCCCCAGACCAGAUUGGAGCUGCAGGUUUAGAUGGCUAUGUGCUAGAGUAUUGCUUGGAAGGAAGUACAGCAGCAAAACAGUCUGGUGAAAAUGGGGAGGCUGCCUAUGAGCUACCAGCUGAGGAUUGGAUAGUUGCAAACACAGAUCUGAUUGACAAGACAAAGUUCACCAUCAAUGGUCUGCCCACCGACUCUAAGAUCUUCGUGCGUGUGAAGGCUAUUAAUGCAGCAGGUGCUAGCGAGCCCAAGUACUAUUCUCAGCCCAUCCUUGUGAAGGAAAUAAUAGAGCCUCCAAAGAUUCGCAUCCCAAGGCACCUAAAACAAACUUAUAUCCGCAGAGUUGGAGAAGCCGUGAAUCUGGUUAUACCUUUCCAGGGUAAACCCAGACCAGAAUUAACUUGGAAAAAGGAUGGUGAAGAGAUUGAUAAGAAUCAAAUAAACAUUCGCAACUCUGAGACUGAUACAAUCAUAUUUAUCAGAAAAGCAGAGAGGAGCCACUCUGGGAAAUACGAUCUGCAGGUCAAAGUGGACAAAUAUGUGGAAAAUGCAUCCAUUGACAUCCAGAUCGUGGACCGCCCAGGCCCACCCCAAGCUGUGACUAUUGAAGAUGUCUGGGGAGAGAACGUUGCUCUGACAUGGACACCACCAAAGGAUGAUGGGAAUGCUGCCAUCACUGGGUACACAAUCCAGAAGGCUGACAAGAAGAGCAUGGAGUGGUUCACUGUCAUUGAGCAUUAUCACAGAACCAAUGCCACCAUUACUGAGCUGGUCAUAGGGAAUGAAUAUUACUUCCGGGUCUUUGCAGAGAACAUGUGUGGUCUCAGUGAGGAUGCGACAAUGACUAAAGAGAGCGCUGUGAUCGCCAAGGACGGUAAAAUCUACAAAAAUCCAGUGUAUGAAGACUUUGAUUUCACGGAGGCACCUAUGUUUACUCAGCCUUUGGUGAACACCUACGCCAUAGCUGGUUAUAACGCCACCCUGAACUGCAGCGUGAGAGGAAACCCCAAGCCUAAAAUAACCUGGAUGAAAAACAAAGUGGCUAUUGUGGAUGACCCAAGGUACAGAAUGUUCAGCAACCAGGGAGUCUGUACUCUGGAGAUUCGCAAGCCUAGCCCCUAUGAUGGAGGCACUUACUGCUGCAAAGCUGUUAAUGACCUUGGGACAGUGGAGAUUGAAUGCAAACUGGAGGUGAAAGUGAUAUAUCAAGGAGUAAAUACCCCUGGACAACCAGUCUUCCUGGAGGGGCAGCAACAGGUGGGCUGUCCUUCUGCAGGCUCCUCUUGCAAGGUGUACCUCCAAACAUAAUUAAUUCAUAUCUGCGAGACUUACAAUCCAGCAACCCCGAGGAAUACUGACAGCAAGGCACUGACUCUCAAACCUCUGCUGCUUUGAAAUCUGGUUGAAAACAAGAAAACUUGGUUUCUGGUUUCCAACCACACCCUGUGUGGUCAUUUUCUUUCUUCCUAAUGUUAAAGAGAAAUAUAAUAAUAAUGUUUGCACAG